AUGACGACUCCAACAGCAGCCCGCCACAUCGUCAACUUCAUAACCGGCAACGCCGGUAAGCUGGGCGAGGUGAAGGCGAUCCUCGAGCCAGCGAUCCAAGUCGAGAGCCAGGCCUUGGAUCUGCUCGAGAUUCAGGGUACUGUGGAGGAAGUGACGCUUGACAAGUGCCGACGGGCAGCGGACCUGAUCGAAGGGCCUGUCCUGGUCGAAGACACAUGCCUGUGCUUCAACGCGCUGAACGGGUUGCCGGGGCCAUACAUCAAAUGGUUCAUGAAGUCCAUCGGCCACGAGGGCCUCAACAACCUGCUUGCCGCCUACGAAGACAAAUCCGCCAAGGCAGUCUGUACGUUCGCCUACUCCCCCGGCCCGGGCCAUGAGCCGAUUCUGUUCCAGGGUAUCACCGAGGGCAGGAUUGUGCCGCCUAGGGGCCCGCCAGUGUUCGGCUGGGACCCCAUUUUCGAGUACGAGGGACAGACAUAUGCCGAAAUGGACAAGGCAGAAAAGAACAAGAUUUCGCACCGCGGCCGGGCGCUGGCAAAGCUCCAGGAGUGGUUUGCAAAAGAAAUGACGUCCUGA